AGCGCUAGCAUGGAGAUCAUGCUGAGGGUUCGGGUUCGGGUCUGAUCCACACAACACGUGAUGCAGAUGAUUCACAGAAUCAGGAAUAUAAACUGAGUAGUUAUUAAUCAGUAAUCAUGAGUUUGAUAGGUUUUUGCUCCUCUGUAUGAUCUCAGCACUGUUCCUGUAGAGGAUCUGUAGAGGAUCUUUAACACUCCUAAAAGUGGUCUACAGGAUCUCAGUAUUCACUUCAUCUCUGGAUAUUAGACUCAUGUGUGAUGUUCCUCAGUGGAAGCAGCUCUGAUAGACAGCAGCACUUUCGUGGAAGGAAGAAUCGCUGUUACAGCUUGGCGGUGAGAGCAGUGCGCCGGGCCUUCGUUUAUGCCUCCAAAGCCAGAAAAACCAAACGACGCAGCAUGAGAACGUUGUGGAUCUCUCGUGUGGCUGCAGCCUGUCGGGAACAUGGGAUUAAAUACCCUGUACUGAUGUACAACCUGGUGCAGUGCAGCGUGCAGCUGAAUCGGCGUGUGCUGAGCGACCUGGCGGUCACGGAGCCGCAGAGUUUCGAGGCGUUGGUGACGUUAGCGCGAGCUCGGCAGCAGGAGGGCCUGCGGGCGGCGCUGGGGGACGGGAAGGAGCCUCCUGGUGUGUUCUCACGCAUCACACAGCUGCAGUGACGGAUGGCUCUCUUGGCCAAUCACAGCGAGGCUCUUCCACGUUUCUGACUGAUGUGACCGAGAUGUACGGAUAAACGUGAAGAACCUGGUCACGUGAUCCUCCACACCGAGUGUUCAUCAGAGACUAAAGUCAGUGUGUUGGAGGAAAAGUGUUGAGUGUCAAAAACAAGAAGAACAAACACAAUGAUCAUCAUCUGAUAGCUAACAAUAAACUGUUUUCCUCA